CCGCCGACCAAUGAUGAUGAAUGAUGGCGUCGCUUUCAAUUACACGCUUUGUCCUUCUCUCCCUUCUCAACUAGGACUAGGUGUAGUAUCCAUCCGCAUUCGCCCCUUCCUCUUCUUCUAAUUCUUCCCUCUAGACUCUAGAUUUACCCUGUCCUCUUUUCUCUCUCCUUUCUUCAUCAAUUAAAUAUUUCUACUACUAUUUCAUUUCAUUUUUACAAAUUCUUUCUUCAUCCCCUCGUCUCCUCGGAUUCUUUCCUUCAUCGUCCCCUUCACUCCUCUUGCCUUCUUCCGUGAUUUUUUAGCUCUUCGGAAGAUUCCCCCCUUUGUAUCUAUAUAAUUCUCUCUUCAACUUUUUUAAGAUAUUUUCUCCAAUUGAUUUUAAUUUCUUUCUCUAAGCAGUAUAACCUUGCAUUAAUUUAAUUUAAUUUAAUUUAGUGUUGUGUUAAGUUAUGGGUAUGGUGGUCGUCGAACAAUUACAAGAGGAACAACAAUCUGGCGGUGUCAGGUCCGAAGAUCUCAUUGAUAAGAAGAAGAAGCGUCGAUCUAAUCGUCGCUCUAAGCACAAUUCUUCUGUCUUCGGGUCAGAAUCUAUUGAAGUAACUGGACAAUGUCAACAUACAUCUCAGGGCUUUCAGGAUGGUUCCAAUUCCAUGUCAAGAAGUGGUUCUUCGUCAAACCAACACGCAGUCGACACAACAUCCGGUGUUGCAUUCAAUUCCGUCCCGCCAAUGCAUAUUGAUCAACCAGGAGUGAACCUGAACUCUGGCAUAAAAGUUCUUACAAGGUCUUGUCCAACUCCAGAUGCCUUUCCAGAUUCAGCUCAACUGCAUGAUAAUGGGGAUGUCCUACCGCCUUAUCUAGUUUAUGGGUGUAACAAGCAAAAGCAUUUUGAUCCACACUGGUCCUUGGACGUUGUUAUGGAGGCAUUGCAGAGAGGCGAGGUCUUUCAAGCUAUAAUACGCGUCAAUGCACAUAAUAGACUUGAGGCGUACUGUACGAUUGAAGGUGUUCCAACAGAUGUUUUUAUUAGUGGAAUUCCUAGACAAAACAGAGCUGUAGAAGGAGAUGUUGUUGCAAUUAAGAUUGAUCCUCCUCAAUUGUGGAGUAAGAUGAAAGGAUCACUAGGAUCUGCAAAUAAUUCUUCUUCUAUUGAGGACCGUGAUCCUCCUGUUGACACUGAGAUCACACAUGAUAGCUCCAAGGGAAAAACUAAACUCGAUGUGGAAUCUGGUUUGGUGCAUGUGUCAAAUUGUUCACCUGUUGUGGAGAACGGGAGUGGAAUGAACUAUACGUAUGUGAAUGGCCACCACUGCGCUGGCAUUGAUCCUUCAGGUGAAGGUUUCCGUCGUGGAGAGACUGGGGUACUAAAUUCAGUUGAGAAAUUGUGUCAUUCAGUUGUUUCAUCCCCUUCUAAAAGGCCAACUGGUAGGGUUGUGGCAAUUAUAGAACCCUCUCUUCGUAGAAAUUCUGUUAUGGGUUUUCUUAACGCUAGAUGGUUGCUUUAUAGCAAGGAGGGUUUCAGAAAAGAGAACAGACUCAACACAAAUAUGCUGCCUCCUUCCAGUUGCGAUUACGUCAUGCUAAUGCCAACUGAUCCAAAGUUGCCUAAGAUGAUUGUCCCUGUGGAAGCUUUGCCAGCUGAUGUUAAGAAAAGGUUGGAUGACGGGGAUUCGUCAAUUGAAAGAGAACUUGUUGCUGCAAGGAUUGAUAAUUGGGCUGAAGAAAGUUUACUUCCACAAGCUUGUGUCAUGCGUAGUUUUGGGUGUGGUGGAGAAGUUGAACCACGGAUUGAGGCGAUUCUGUUUGAAAAUGGCAUUUGCUCUUCUGAUUUUUCUCAUGAUUCACUUUCCUGCUUGCCAGACGAGUUGUGGCAGAUUCCAGCGGCAGAGUUGCAAUGCCGGAAAGAUAUUAGAAACCUCUGUGUAUUCACAAUCGAUCCUUCGACCGCCACUGAUCUUGAUGAUGCCCUUUCGGUCGAAAUGUUGUCAAAUGGAAUUUACAGGGUUGGGGUCCAUAUUGCUGAUGUGUCUUACUUUGUUCAACCAGAUACUCCUUUGGAUGUAGAAGCUCAAGUUCGAUCUACAAGUGUUUAUAUGUUGCGACGUAAGUUGCCUAUGUUACCUGCUUUGCUGUCAGAAAAUUUGGGUUCACUUAUUCCAGGAGUAGAUAGGCUCGCUUUUUCUAUCUUCUGGGACUUGAAUGUUUCUGGUGAAGUCCUAGAUAGAUGGGUUUGUCGUACGGUGAUUAGGUCUUGUUGCAAACUCUCUUAUGAUCAUGCACAGGACAUAAUUGAUGGCCUAAUUAGCGUAGACAGUUUGGAGAGUGAUGGACAUGGCUUUCCUCAGCUGUAUGGCUCUUUUACUUGGCAUGACAUUUUCCAGUCUAUAAGAAAUCUUAACAAGAUAUCUAAAGCUUUGAAGGAUAACAGAUUUGUUGAUGGUGCAUUACGCCUUGACAAUGCAAAGGUUGUCUUCUUACUGGAUGAAUGUGGAGUUCCAUAUGAUAGCAUGCUUUGUGAGCGAAAAGACUCCAAUUUUCUGGUGGAGGAGUUUAUGCUUUUGGCAAAUAGGACCGCUGCAGAGAUUAUUUCAAGAGCUUUUCCAGACAGUGCUUUGUUGCGGAGGCAUCCUGAGCCUAACAUGCGGAAGCUCAGGGAGUUUGAAGUAUUUUGCAGCAAACAUGGGUUAGAAUUGGAUGCUUCUUCAUCUAGCAGCUUACAUACAUCACUGGUUAAGAUCAAAGAGACGCUUAAGGAAGAUUUAGUUUUUUAUGACAUACUAAUAAAUUAUGCUACAAAGCCAAUGCAACUGGCAAAAUACUUUUGCACUGGAGACGCGACAGUGCCUGAGAAUGAUUGGGGUCAUUAUGCACUGGCAGUUCCCCUCUACACUCAUUUCACUUCACCAUUGCGUCGAUAUCCUGAUAUAGUUGUACAUCGGACAUUAAGUGCCACUAUAGAGGCAGAACAGAUGUAUUUGAAACAUCAAAGCAAAGGAACUAAACUCAACCAGGCAGGGAAUGCUAGGUGCUUCACUGGUAUGAAUUUUGAUAAACUUGCUCUCCAAUCUGUCAAAGGCCAGCAAGCAUUAUCAGCGUCGGCGCUUAAGCACAAGCUACCUUGUAAGGAAGCACUCACAGAUGUAGCCUCCUACUGCAAUCAGAAAAAAAUGGCAAGUCGACAUGUCAAGGAUGCUGUUGAUAAACUAUAUAUGUGGGUUUUGCUGAGGAAUAGAGAGAUUUUUCUGUCAGAAGCAAGAGUUUUGGGUAUAGGUCCAAGGUUUAUGUCCAUAUAUGUCCAAAAGCUGGCGAUCGAGAGGCGUAUAUAUUAUGAUGACGUUGAUGGCUUGAUAGCAGAGUGGCUUGAGGCUACAUCCACACUUGUGCUCAGCUAUGUACAUAACAAUAAUAAUAAGCGCUUCCAGCGAAGAGGGAGCCCUAAAUACAAACAGCUAGAAGAAGUGGCUUUGAUUUGCAGUCCUUGCAACUUUGAACCAGAUCUUGAUCCUUCGCUAAAUGACAAUUCUGGUAAACCACCAUGCGAGUCUGUUGCAAAUAUCGAUCCUGCUGUUUUCCCCCUCACAAUUCGCGUUCUAUCAACAAUCCCUGUUGCACUCCAUGCUGUUGGCGGAGAUGAUGGGCCUCUAGAUAUCGCUGCCAGGUUGUAUGUUGCUUCGUAUUUCAGGUGACUUACAAUUGUGAUUUCGAGCCUCUUAGAAGACGGAGUUCUCUUCCAUGUGGAAAUCCUGGAGCUUUACAUUUGUGUAGAUAGUGAUGUCAGUGUAUAGUCUAGCAAAUCUAAGUGCCAUAGCAUCAGUUGGUGGAUUCUAUUUUACGUUGUUUUUCCCCCUCUUGACCUGAACAUCUACUCUGGUAUUAGGUGAAGGGUAAAUGCUCUGGCUGUCGCUGGAAGUGGCUACUUUUACUGCACGCUGCUUGUGGGAAGAUCUGGUCCAUCGGAUUAUUUUUUACUCUCCGAAUUGGGCCAUUCUAACCCUAUACGUUACGUGGUCUAGCUUUUACCUCCCUUCUUUUGCCUCACUCUUUUAGUUUUGUUUAUUGUUGUUACCCAAAAAGUUUUUAUAAUUUUGGGUAGCACUUGCCAUUAAGAAAAAGAAAACGCAGCAGUUAGAGAUCUACAUCCUCCCCAAGGGGAGUGACUGCUCCAAUUAAUGUGAAAGUGUGGCUUUUGUUGGUUUCACUUGUUUCUUAGCAAUAAAAUUUUGAUGUGCUUUUUGGAGAA